GGCAGUCUAUUUAGCAGAUAAUAGCAACUUACAGCAACAUUAAAAAAAAAAGUUUUUACAAUGAACUAAAUAGCUCAGCAAGUUUAUUGUUAUAGUUAUGUAAGCAAAUGCUGCUUACAAAUGCUGGGAAAAUUUGAUUGGGUUGCAGGUUUUGCCCUUUUGAAAGAGUUGUUCUUACUAUUAAGCAUUCAAUUUCUAAUAAGCUUAUAAAGUCAAUACAAAUAAAAUGUUCACGGGUCUAGUUGAAGUUAUGGGCACUGUCUCUAAUAUUAAAGAGAUGGACACGACUGAGUCUGGUGGCAACGGUUGGACCAUUACCAUUUCAAAUGCUGUAGAAAUUUUGACAGAUUGCCAUAUUGGCGACAGCAUUGCAAUUAAUGGUACAUGUUUGACGGUGACAGAGUUUGAUAGCAAUAGCUUUAAAGUAGGCGUUGCUCCUGAGAGUUUAAGGUGCACCAACUUAGGCGAUUUGAAAGAAGGUGAUAAGGUCAACUUGGAAAGAGCCAUGGAUUCCAAUAGAAGGUUUGGAGGGCACAUGGUACAAGGCCAUGUUGAUACAACGGUUAAAAUCAUUGAUGUUAGACCUGAAGGAAACUCUAUUUGGUACACCUUUCAAAUGGAUAAAUCCGACAAAGACAAGAUGAGAUACAUCAUACCUAAGGGCUUCAUUUGUUUGGAUGGUACAUCACUAACUGUGUGCGAUGUAGAUGAUGAUGAACGAACGUUCUCAAUAAUGAUGAUCGCUCAUACUCAAGCACACGUCAUUAUGACAUUGAAAAAGGUUGGAGAUAAAGUCAAUGUGGAAGUUGAUAUGUUGGCCAAGUAUGCUCUAAAGAGCGUUGAAGAAGCUCUCAAAAGUAAUGAAGGCAUCGAAUCAUUAGUGAAGCGUUUAUUGAAAGCCUAAACUUUAUCAGUAUUACCGUUUAUAUACUCUCAAAAAUUAAAACUACU